AGAAUGGGAAACCAAACAGCCAUCACAGAAUUCAUCCUCCUGGGAUUUGGGGAUCUCCCUGAACUUCAGUCCCUUCUCUUCCUGCUGUUUCUAGUGAUCUAUGUUUUGACCAUGGCUGGGAACAUCCUUAUCAUUGUGCUAGUUGUGGCUGAUCAGCACCUUCACAACCCCAUGUAUUUCUUCCUGGGGAACUUGUCCUGCUUAGAGACCUGCUACACUUCAAACAUCCUGCCCAGGAUGUUGGCCAGUUUCCUGACAGGGGACAGAACCAUUUCAUUCAAUGGGUGUCUCACACAAUAUUAUUUCUUUGGAUGCUUAGCAGCUGCAGAAUGUUAUCUCCUAGCAGCCAUGUCUUAUGAUCGAUACCUAGCGAUAUGCAAACCACUGCAUUAUGGAGCCCUCAUGAAUGGCAGGCUCUGUCUCCAGCUAGCUACAGUGUCUUGGGUAAGUGGCUUUCUGGCUAAUACUAUAUUAACAUUUUUUAUCUCCAACUUAAUCUUCUGUGGUCCCAAUGAAAUUGACCAUUUCUUCUGUGAUUCCUUCCCAAUGAUGAAACUCUCCUGCAGUGAUACUCAUCUGACUGGACUUUUAACAUCCAUUGUGGCUUGCAUAUGCUCACUGCCUCCGUUUCUAUUAACCGUGACAUCCUAUAUUUACAUCAUUACCUCCAUCCUGAGAAUCCCUUCCAGCACUGGGAGGAAGAAGACAUUUUCCACUUGCUCCUCCCACCUUAUUGUGGUUACAAUUUUCUAUGGGUCGAUACUGAUUGUGUAUGUGCUUCCGCAUAGCAACAGAUUGAAGGACUUUAACAAAUUCUUCUCUGUCUUUUACACCGUCCUGACUCCCAUGGUCAAUCCACUCAUCUACAGCCUGAGAAACAAAGAAGUAAAGGAGGCCCUGAGGAAAGCUUUCAAUAAAUGUAUGGAUUUUAAGACACUGCAGAAAAUUCAGAUUGCUUCAAGUUAG